UGAGCUUUCAGUGAUUUGCCAAAAGUGUCAUCCAAGAUAUGAAAGUUAUAUAAACCUACCUAAUGCUUUGUUUCUGGAAGAAUGGUCUAUGUCCUAGAAUAUGGAUGUUCUUAUUAAAUUUUUCGUUCCGAUUAUUUUUAGACUUUAGUCGAAAAUGGAAGAACAGAAACAGAAUCUACCACAACGAAAGGAAAAUCCUCUUGACAAUGCCAACAUAGUGUCUUCCACAUUUUUUUGUUGGCUUUUUCCCCUUUUUAUAAAAGGCUACAAAAAAGACCUCGCCGAAGAUGAUAUUUACGAACACAGACGAGAUCACGAUUCCGGUCAGCUUGGAGAGAAACUCGAAGAGCAAUGGAAAAAACAAGCGAUCCAAUCCAAAAAUCUGUCACUAAUAAAAGCGCUAGCCAAUGUGUUCUUUGUAGAAUUAUUAUUGUAUAACUCCAUCGUCAUAGUUCACGAAGCUAUAAGAAUGUCUCAACCAUUCCUUAUAACAAGAAUGAUUCAAAUAUACGAAAGGAACAGAGUGGAAGAAGAUAUAAACGAAAUUUACCUGUACGCCAGUUUCAUAGUUUUGACCUCUUUUAUUAACUCCUGCACUGGUCAUAAUUAUAAUCUGGGUCUUAUGCAAGUAGGGAUGAAACUAAGGGUGGCUUUGUGCUCGUUGAUCUACAGGAAAGCGCUAAGGUUAAGCAAAUCUGCUGUAGCAGAAACUACUAUCGGACAGAUGGUUAAUCUUCUGUCAAAUGAUGUGGCUAGAUUUGACUAUGCAGUAUAUUUUAUACAUAAUCUCUAUGUUGGACCUGUUGAAACAAUACUGGUUAUGUAUUUUUUGUAUGUAAGUGCUGGAUGGACUGCAUUAUCAGGAGCUGUAUUACUGUUGCUAUCCAUCCCAAUGCAAUCAUGGUUGGGUAAAAAAACAUCGCAUUUUAGGCUUGGAACUGCUAUAAGAACCGAUGAAAGAAUAAGACUGAUGAACGAAAUUAUAGCCGGAAUCCAAGUAAUUAAAAUGUAUACAUGGGAAUAUCCAUUCAUCAAACUAGUAGAAUUUGUAAGAAUGAAAGAAAUGAAAUACAUUCAAUACACAUCAAUAAUCAGAGCCAUUUUAAUGUCCUGCAUACUGACGCUAAACCGAUGCGCUAUAGCAGUGUGCAUCUUGGUGUACGUCCUCACCGAUAAUCCCCUUACAGCAGCCUACGCUUACACAGUCACCUCUUACUACAGACUGCUGAACAACGUUACAAAUUUCUUCCCGACUGCUGUAUCUCAAGUCGCCGAAAUAUACAUAUCGAUGCAAAGAAUACAGAAAUUUCUGCAGUACGAGGAGAUAACAAUCGAACCUCAAUCUGUCACAAAAAUAUCCGAAACCCAAUACAUGCACCCAGCUCCCAAAUACAUAACGGAUAAAGAUACCACAUCCGUUUCACCCGAAAUGAACAUAAUAGACAAACAUUAUAGUAUCCACAUCGAAAACGCAUCUGCUAAAUGGCUCAAAUCACUUAUCGAUAACAAUUUAGAAGACAUAACUCUUGAUGUGACAGGAAGAGACAUGGUGGCUGUAGUCGGACCUGUAGGUAGCGGGAAAACAACUUUAUUACACGUAAUAAUGAAGGAAUUAGAACUAGUUAACGGUUCUGUUAAAGUAGAAGGCGUAGUUUCGUAUGCUUCGCAGGAACCUUGGUUGUUCGGAGGUAGCGUCAGACAGAACAUUCUCUUCGGACAGAAGUUCGAUCAAAUGAAAUACGACGAAGUGGUUAGAGUGUGCCAGCUGCAAACGGAUUUUCAACUUUUCCCCUACGGAGAUAGAACGCUGGUAGGGGAAAGGGGUGGUAGUUUAAGUGGCGGACAAAGAGCUAGGAUUAACUUAGCUAGAGCUGUCUACAAAGAAGCGGAUAUUUACCUCCUAGACGAUCCCCUAUCAGCAGUUGAUGCUCAUGUAGGCAAACAACUAUUCGAAGAAUGUAUAUGCAGCUAUCUCAGCUCCAAAUGCGUGGUGCUAAUAACGCACCAAUUGCAAUAUUUAAAGAAAAUAAAGAACAUUUACUUGCUCAAAGACGGAAAAAUACAAAUUUCCGGUUCUUAUACAGACAUCAAAAACGCUAAUACCGAUUACGGAAAGCUUUUAGCUGACAUCGAAGAGGAGGAAGAAGUAGCGAAAAAAAGAUCGAAAAUUCAGGUAGUUAAAGAUGAACAAACAGAAGAUUAUGAAAUGCAGAUAUUGCAAAAAGAAGAUAUGGGUACGGGAAAUAUAGAGGGAAGGGUGUAUAUGAGUUAUGCUAGAGCUGGAGGAAGUCUUUUUAAAGGUAUCGGCUUGGCAUUCACUUUCAUUUUGAGCCAAGUCUUGGAGAGUUCUUCUGAAUAUUUCGUAACAGUUUGGGUAAAUAUCCAACAAAUCAACUCUGAAUCCAGUAACUCAUCCAACACUGUACCUCUAAAUGCCAGUAAAUAUAAGACAACAAUACGAGACAAUCCAUACGAAAACUGGUGGCUGUCGUUACUAUUUACUAGUGAUUUUCCGAUUACUUGCUAUAGCGCUUUGGUUACAACUUUGGUAGUGAUAGUCCUCUGCAGAUCUUUGGCUUUCUACAAAUGGUGUUUACAAGCAUCUACGAAACUUCACAACAAAAUGUUUACCAACAUCGUUUACAGUCCGAUGAGGUUUUUCCAUACCAAUCCAUCUGGAAGGAUUUUGAAUAGGUUUUCUCGUGAUAUAGGCGCUCUGGAUGAAACGCUGCCAAUGGCUUUAUUGGAUACGAUACAGAUAGGCCUGUUUGUAGCUGCAAUCAGUUUAGUAAUCGGAUGUUUAACAGUAUGGAUAAUGAUACCGACGAUAUUGAUAGCAGUAUUAUUUUAUUUUAUGAAAAUAGUAUUUGUCCACACGAGUAGAGAUAUUAAAAGGAUAGAAGCUAUUACCAGAAGCCCUAUCUUCACCCACUUAUCAGCUACAUUGCAGGGACUAACAACCAUUAGAGCUUUUAAAGCUCAGGAUAUUCUAAAAGAAGAAUUUGAUCAUUAUCAAAAUUUGAAUAGCGCCGCAUUUUUUCUGUACGUUGCAGCAAACAGAACUUUUGGUUUCUGGUUGGACUUUAUAUGCGUUGUAUACAUCGCCCUAGUCAUUGUGACGUUAUUAUUUGUCAAAAGUGAAACAUUUGGAGGCAACAUCGGGCUGGCUCUCACGCAAGCGAUGGCGCUAACUGGUAUGUUCCAAUGGGGUAUGCGGCAAUGGAGCGAAUUCGAGAACCAGAUGACCUCAGUCGAAAGAGUCCAGGAAUACGCAGAUAUUAAACAAGAAUCUGACGACGAAGCCAACCAACCAGCAGAAGUGUGGCCAGAACAAGGGCGUGUAGAAUUCUACAAUGUAUCGUUGAAGUACACUCCAGAGGACCCCUAUGUUUUGAAGGACCUAAACAUCGUUAUAGAACCAAGAGAAAAGAUCGGGAUAGUUGGUAGAACGGGUGCUGGAAAGUCUUCGUUGGUACAAGCUCUGUUUAGAUUAACUCCAAUUAACGGGCAGAUAUUUAUAGAUCAUAUAGACACGAAAUCUAUUGCUUUGAACAGUCUGAGAUCAAAAAUUUCGAUUAUUCCGCAGGAACCAGUUCUGUUUUCGGGAACGCUCAGAAAGAAUCUGGAUCCUUUCGAUGAAUACGAAGAUGAGGUUCUUUGGAACGCUUUAGAAGAAGUAGAGCUCAAACAUAGCGUAAACGAAUUACAAAAAGGCUUAGACAGUAAGAUGGCCGAAGGUGGAUCUAAUUUCAGUGUAGGUCAACGACAGCUAGUGUGCUUGGCUCGAGCUAUAGUACGAAACAACAAAAUCCUAGUUCUAGACGAAGCCACGGCCAAUGUUGAUCCGCAUACGGACAGACUGAUACAAACGACUAUUAGGAAAAAAUUUGCAACAUGUACGGUACUUACCAUAGCCCAUCGGUUGCAUACAAUCAUGGAUUCUGAUAAAGUGUUGGUUAUGGAUAAUGGAAAAGCUGUAGAGUUUGAUCAUCCCUAUACGCUUCUGCAAAAUCCUGACGGGGUGUUCUGUUCAUUGGUGAUGCAAACCGGCAGAGCUACUGCCAAAUAUUUGAGUUCAAUAGCCAAAGAAAGCAAAGAAUCAAAGACAGACUCAAUCAGUGAUGUAUAGAGAUUUAGUCUAUUUUAGAAAUUUAA